AUGGGCAAGAUAAGCAAACCGAGCCAAACUGUGGCUGAUAAGCUGGUCUUCCAUGACAAGAAGGCUUUGUUCGCCGGAUGGAGAGACAAGGACUCAGCAACCGUGUUUACACAGGAGGAUUUCACACUGGAUAAGGUGGGGUCGAAGCUCUGCGCGAUUUCUGGGAGAAAGCGCAAGGCUCAAAUGAAGGUUUUGGGCAACGGGGCAUCCGUAAAUCGUGUCGAUGCAAAACCCGCCAAAUCUGCUAAAACCACAGGAUCGGCCUUGGGGAAAAGGAAGUCUACUCCCGCGCCGACGCAAGAAAAUACCGACAUCAUGUCGUGCUUCUAUUGUGCUGGAGUGCACAACGACAUUCAAAGAGGACUGUCUGUCGACGGCGUAUCAGUGAAUGCGUGUAACGCCGUGCACAUGAAUUCGUCCACGAGGCCAGUGCCCUCAGCCAGCCCUCCCAACAGAAUGGAAUUUCUACCAAGUCCUGUCCGCGACCAGAUCAUGUUCGACGCACACGAAACGGUCGAUUUGAUGGAUGUUGUGAUGUCAAUUGGCUUUAACGGUGGAGACUCGUGGGUGUUGGACUCAGGCUGCCGAUUCGGCCUGACCGAUGAGGAGUCGAAUGGGAGCCACAUCAUCCCCUCCUCAGACAACUACCACAUCAGUGGGAGAGAAGAAUAA